UUUCGUCACGUGACUGAUAAAUUUUCAACCCAUUAUUUGAUGUCCAGAAUUUGCAAAUCGUAGUGUUAGUAAUAUUUCGUCUGGUGGAAUUUUGUGCAGGAAAUAAAUGAGUAUGACGGGUCGUGUAAUAAUAGUUACUGGCGCUAACGUUGGUCUUGGAUUUCUAGCAUCUAAAAUAUUAUGUGAAGGUGGGAAUGAGGUGAUUCUAGCUUGUCGAAAUGAAGAGAAAGGAAAGGCUGCCGUAGAAACCAUUUUAAAAGAUAACCCAAAUGCUCUCGCCACUUUCCUAAAGCUGGAUUUGGCCGAUCUUGCCUCCGUUCGUUCAUUUGUUGAAGAAUUUCGUAAACUGGAUAAGAAAUUGAAUGUUUUGAUCAACAAUGCUGGCGUUUUCCCAAGUAAAUCACCACUUAGAACUUUUACUAAAGACAACUUCGAGAUGACCAUGGGAGUUAAUCAUUUAGGUCAUUUUCUAUUGACCAAUCUGUUGUUGGAUGAUCUGAAGCAGACAGCUAAAGAAACUGGAGAUUCACGAAUAGUAGUGGUGACAUCGUCACUUCAUGAUACCAAGGUUAAACAUGCACCUACUGUUGCUACCAAUGUUGAUGAUAUUUUUCUUGCUGAACUUGGAGCCUAUAAUGGAGCCCAGGCCUAUAAAAACUCUAAAUUAGCUAAUAUUUUGUUUACAUACGAGUUGGCUAGACAGAUAGAAGGAUCAGGUGUGACCGUCAACUGUGUUUGUCCAGGAUUUGUUCCACAUACAGAAUUAGGACGAACCGCCAGUGCACCUGUUAGAUUUUUUACCCGCUACGUUCUUGGUGGUCUGUUAAAAUUCACUAAAAUAACUCGUACUGUUGACCAGGGUGCACGAGCUGAAGUAAAUUUAGCCAUUAAUGAAGAACUCAAAGGUGUAAAUGGUAAAUAUUUUACUAGUAUGGAGGAGAAGAAAUCAUCUGAUGAAUCUCUCGAUGAAGAAUUACAGAAAAAGAUGUGGGAACUAAGUGCUCGUUAUUGUCAUAUGGAGGGGUUCGAGCCUCUAGAUGCUCCAGUACCCCCAACACCAGAGGAAAUCAAAGCAAGGGAAGAGGAAGCUAAACAGAAAGCUAAGGAAGAGGCAGAACGAAUUAAACAAGAGAAACAGAAAGCGAAAGAAGCAGCACAGAAAGCAAAGGAGGAAGCUAAAGCGAAAGCAGCAGAAGCUAAAGCCAAAGUAGAAGAAGUAAAGGAUGAAGCGAAGGAUAAGGUUGAAGAAGCUAAGGAAGGUGCUGAGAGUAAAGUAGAGGAAGUUAAAGAGAAAGUUGGAGAGGUUGUUGAAGAGGCCAAGGAGAAAGCCGAAGAAAAGAUGGAUGAAAUUAAAAAGGAUGUUGGUGAAAUUAAAGAUGAUUUAGAAAAGAAAGUUGCUGAAGUAGCAGACAUGGCUGAAGAAAAGAAGGAUAAGUUAGCUGACAUCAUCAGUCCUACCCCCGUUCAGCAGACAGCAUCUUAAUUUCCUCGAUAAGCUUGUUUACAUUUUCGUAAGAUCUGUCAAUUUUAUAAUAACUUUUGGUUUAUUUCGCGGGAAUGUAACAUUUUUUUGCAUUUAUUUUAAGUGAAUAACACAUCGUCGAUAUUAUUCUAGUUUAUAUAUAAUAAAUGUCUGUGUUUCUCAAAAAAAAAAUCAUGAAUUUAAUGUAGUAAUCGUUUUGUACUAAAUUGAUGAAACCAACGCUUUUUACGGUAUGCAACAAAAUAUUUACUAUUUGUUCUCUUUUCACCAUUUUCUAACCAUCUUGGAUGGACAUUUUAACCAGUCUCGACAAAGUGUAUUAUUGAGAUGCCAGAAGUAGACAAGCAAUGAAUUUGCGUAACUAGGUGGUGUCGAAUUUAGUAGGUGAAAUUUUGCUUUUGGACGUGUCGGUUAGAUCAGACUGAAUUGUAGUAGUUAGUGAAAAUAAUUUAUGUAAUUGUUGCUAAGGUACACAAGCUCCAUAAGAGCCACCAUUUUGUAGCUUCACGGACUUUAAGAGAAGAUAACUCUAAAUAUUUUAUAGACUUUUAGUGCUACAAAGUUUUAUGAAUUAUUCAAUUAUGUAAUUGAAAUAUACUUCUCAAUAUUAAUUUAUUAAAUUUUAAGGUUAAUCAUUUUUCAUACAGAAAUCCAUUAAAGAAAAUUUUUUUUUUUUUUGAUGGACAAACUAAAAUCAAAAUUUUUAAAUGGCAAAUAAUAAAUUUUAAAAUUAAAAAUUUUCAGACAGAAAUGAAAUCAAAAUUUUAAAAUAAGAAAAAGAGUCUCAUGUCUAUUUCAAUAUUAAUAUGAAUUUGAAAGUUAAUGAAUUUUCUUACAUAAAUCCAUAUAAAUAAAAUUAUUUUUUUUGAUAGAAGAACAUCAAAAUUUUAAAAUAAUAAGAAGAAAUUAAAUAGAGUUCUGUCAACAUGCUACAUGUAGCUAGCUUAAAGUCAAUGUUAACAUUUGCCAUAUUUACAAAGAUUGUUGAUACUUUUUAUUGAAUAAUUUAGCUUAAUUUUAUUGUUGUUGAUGAUAAAUGAAUUCAUUGAGCCAUAAUCAUAUUCAAAAAGCUUUAUUUUGGCUUUAAAAAAAUGUUGGUUCUAAACCACGUACAAAAUGUAUUUACAUUUCAUAUGCAUCUAAUUUUCUUACCUUCCGAUUUCUUUCAUUUUUUGUAUAUAUUUCAUAUAUUCUGUCAUUAUGAAAUCUCUUAUACAUGACAACAAAUCAGGCUUUUUAGGCCUCUACAAAUACUAUUUUUGUUGGCUCAUUCUGUUGGAAAAGUUACAGUAAAUGUUGUUAAAUCCCAUAAAAUGUAAUUUCAAUAAUAAAUUCCUUAAACACGGAAUACCGAGCUGAAUUCUCAAACUUUUAAGUCUUUUAAAUGUCAGUGAUUUGGCUGAUUCUGUCGGACGUACAAGCUAUUGUGAUUCAAUCCAGUCAAAUUUUGUCUCAACAAGAAAUAUAGAUCUGAUUUUUAACCCCCACAAAUGGCAUUUAUAGUCGGUUUGUUAUUUUUGGCUUUCUAAAGUCCAAGUUAAGUUAAUGAAAUCUAGUCAAUAGUAGUAUCAGUAAUAUAAUUAAUAAUAAGUUAAUUCAUAUAUUCAAAUAAAUUUGUGCAAUUUUCUGUGUCUAUCUUCGCUUAGUUAUAUAACAUAUAAUUUUCUGCUUGGCUUAUAAUAAAGAAUUUGUGUAAAUAAUGAGAGGUAAUUCUGUAGUUUAUUAAUACAGGUUGUAGGUCUUCACAUGAAUACAGAUUUUUUAAGGAGGCAAACUUUAAGAUUGGCCAGAAUAUAAAAGCAUUUGUAAAACCGUUGUCUUAAAUUCUAACAUACACAUUAAAAAGAAAUACAUUACAUUCUGUAGGCCAUACCAUAAACACACAUUUAUGGUGGGUGGGGGGGUGUAAUACGGUCUAAUAUAUGACAAGAACUAAAUUCAAAAAGUUUAAAAAGAUACCAUAUUUAUGGUGAUCAACACAUCAGCCUAUUGCAUGUAUCAUUAUUACAUCUAGGUUUGUUGUCAUCAAGAUAACAUUAAGAAUAUUAUUGGUAAAACUAAACUGCCUCCCAGGAAAUUUGUGUUCAUCUGAUUAAAGUUUAUUGAACUAUUUUUACUCUAGUGUUGUUUAGUUACCAUAGUGAUAGUUCAAUCAGUUAAGGUUAAGUGAAUUAUUAUAUACAUGUAGGCUUUUUACACCUCAAUGCAAUGGCAUUAUUGUCAAAAAAUUGUUACUCCUUUUCUUUUUAUUCUCUAUGCUCAAAUGUUCUCUGAAUUAUUGAAUAUGUAAAUUGUGUAGGUAUGGUGAUGAAGACGUUGUAUGCUAAAUCAGAAUAAUUAAAAAUUACUCAACUUUAUUUUUAAUAUAAACCGGAUUGUUCUAUUCAAGAAUAUUGACAAUUGAUUGGACAGCCAGUCAAUUUUAACAAUUAAUUAGUUAGCCAAUUUCACUCUGAACAAGUGAAUAGCACUGACUGUAUGGAGAGCUGUCUUGGAGUUGGGUCGUUUCAAACAAAGUACGAUAUCAAUUCGAAAUACAGUACAAUAUCAAUAGGUUAUAUAGUACAAUCUCAAUUCUAAAAUGCACUACAAUAUCAAUUCUAAAAUGCUGUACAAUAUCAAUUUGAAAUAUAGUACAAUAUCAAUUUGAAAUAGCAGUACAAUAUCAAUUCUAAAAUGCUGUACAAUAUCAGUUUGAAAUAUAGUACAAUAUCAAUUUGAAAUAUACAUGUAGUACAAUAUCAAUUCGAAACAGCAGUACAAUAUCAAUUCGAAACAGCAGUACAAUAUCAAUUCUAAAAUGUAGUACAAUAUCGAUUUGAAAUAUAGUACAACAUCAAUUCGAAAUAGCAGUACAAUAUCAAUUUGAAAUAUAGUACAAUAUCGAUUUGAAAUAUAGUACAACAUCAAUUCGAAAUAGCAGUACAAUAUCAAUUCUAAAAUGCAGUACAAUAUCAAUUUGAAAUAUAGUACAAUAUCAAUUCUAAAAUGUAUUGGAACAUUGACUAUUUGAAACACAGUCAAUGUUCCAUUUUUAUCAGAGUAUAAAUUGUGAUCAUGCAAUCUGCUUUUUUUCAUGAGAUGGAUUCCAAAUAAGCUUUAAUUUAGUUUAGCUCUACUGUAUUUUUUGUGCUCAAUUGUUUUUUGCUACGUAUAUAUAUAUAUCUACAUUGUGCCGUAUAUAUAUACAUGUAUAUAUAUAUAUAUCUACAUUGUGCCGUGGUGAAUACUGUUCGUGCCUAUAUGUUAUAUUAUAAUCUUGCCUUUUCUAAGCUAUUUUCUCUCUCAUCGUCAGAAUUCAGAACUAAUGAUUGGUUGUGGUCAAAAUACAAAAUUGAUUAUUUUUUGCAGAUUUAUAAAUUUGAUAAUUUUCUGUAAUCUAAUUACUGUCUUAAUUAAUUAAUAGACUUAAGACUUUGACAAGCGUUGAAUAAAGAGAGAUCUUCAGGUUGUAAGCUUAAAAUAACAUUUUACAAUGAAAUGAAUCUCAAAUUGUUAUUUAGAAAUAUCUUUUAUAGGUGAAGAAACCUAAAAUGGAAGGAGAAUAUUUACUUUCUUUGUUCAGUUCAUUAAAUACUCUGAUAUAUUUGAUGUAAAUCACCACAAAAUGUUGAAUCAUUCUUUCUUGUUGCAGCAGUACAAUGUUUUCAUUAAUCGUCAUUAUUUGAUAUACUAUAUUUUCUUUUUUUGCAUGAUUUUUAUGCUUGGUUAUAUUUUGUAAUCUUGUUUGCUUGUCAUGUUGCCACCAGCUCAUUAUUUUACGCAAGUUUGAGCCUAAAUUCAUGUGAUUCAUAUCUUGUCAUUGACUUGUAUUUUGGAUGCUUUUACACAUUCAGAAACUUCCAGGCCUAAAGACUAUGGGCCUUAUUCAUGAAAAUUAAAAUAUUACGAGAAUGUCGCCAUUUCAUUGGUUGGUAGUUGGACCUGCAUUCUUAAAAUAGUUUAGUUCAAAUUUUUGGAGAAUAAGGCCCCGGUUUAGGCCAUUUUAUUUUUGUCUAGACAGAGGUCUGUUUGAAUUCCAAAUUUGCUGUGUUUUAGAUUAGAAAACAGUUGAUGUGGACAUCUGUUAUUAAGGAGGUGUCUUAUUGUUAAUGGCAUUUUAUUUCAGCAAAAUUUCAAAGUCUUAAAAACAAAUUGCCAUUAGUACAGAAACAAAAGGAAUCCAAUUAAACCGUAUUGUUCUAAAACCACAUAUUAUAUAUUUCGUGUUCGCUAAAAUUAUGUAAUGUUAACGAUAAUUCAUCAGUUUACUGAGAGACAGCUAAAAAUGUUAUUCAUGUACAUGUAUAAUUUUUGUGCUUGCUUGGCAUUAUUUUGACAAAUAUAAAUUUUUGUAAAUGUUUUUAAAACGUUCCUUUGCUCCUUCCAGUAUUCUCAAUUUACCCUUGUAUUUUUUAGUGCUUUUUUUAUCUUUAAAAAAAAACUUAAAAUGUGCUUUUUAUAUUGUGAUUUUCAAUCCAAGUGACUUUUUAAAUAUGUAUUUACUGUUUUGUAAUUCUUCCAUGUAUUUUUGCAAUCCACUGUUUGCGAUGUUGAUGAAAUCAUUUGGUCAUUAUCCAAAAAUAAUUUUGUACAAAUUUGUUUGGUAGAUAGAUAUAUGUUAUUUCUUAUUGCAUAAAUUUAAAGAGCAAGAUAGCAUAAAGAGAUUUUCGUAUCUUUCGACACUGCCUAUAUGGGGGACAUUUCUCUUUUUUGCUUUUUGUAGAAUAGAUCUGAGCUGUUAUGUAUUUAACUUCAGAAACCAACUCGACUCCACUUCAUUUAAGAUAUUAUUUCUUUUAGAAACCCUAACUCCACAAAACUAUACUCGUAAAAUAUUAUUCCACAAAACUAUACUCGUAAAAUAUUAUUCCACAAAACUAUUCACUUGAUAUUAUACCUUUUAUAAAUCAUAAGACAGUGCCCAUACACUUAAAUUAUUAUUCCUUUUAGAAACACAUAAUUGCACAAUACUGUACACUUUAGAUAUUAAAAUAUGCAUGUAGGAUAUUAUUCAUUAUAAAAACCAUAAGAGAGUCCCGAUGGCCGCUACAAAGGUUCAUUAUACAAUUUUAGAUUUUGUCCUUUAUGAAACAAUAAUUUUCACAGGAAUAUAAUGGUGUUAUCCUUUUUGGAAACCAUAGAGUAUAUGAAAUUUUUAGAAAUCAAAGUAUUUCCAUUACAUAUAUUUUGACAAUUCUAAAUACGACCUUAUGUGUGAUUCCAUUAAAAGACAAUUUUAAAGUGCAAUGUUAAUUGUUGAUGGUGAUUUUUUUAGUAUUAUUUCAAUAUUUAUAAAUAAUGAUGCAACAACAGGCCGAGAUAAGAUGGCCAAAACUCUUGGAUCCCAGAUUCUCAAAAGACAAAGGCAUAUCAAGGAUAUAAUAUUUUCAUUGGCUGCAAGUUAUAAUAUGUGUUUGUUAAUUAAUUUUCGUCCAGUAAAACCCCAAUUUCCGUUUUUGAAGAAAUCUGAAUCUUAAUAAUCCAUGGUUAAAAUGGGAUUUUGUUGUAUGAAAAGCUAUAAACACACAUGGAAAAUGAUUACUAAUAUAUUUGGGCAAUAACUGUUGGAAAGAUCACCCAAUUAUAUUAGAUGUUUUCCUGUAAGUCUGUUUUAUGUUUCGAUCCAGUUACUAUUAAAUGCAUCCGAAAGAUUAUUACUGUAUGAUGUUGGCAUGGGAAGCCAUGAACAAUUUUAUUGAAAAUACUUUAACUAUUCAUGGUUUUAAAUAGUUAUUGAAUUCACCAUGGUUUUUUUAUAAAAGAGAUCCUGUAAGAUUCAACAUCUCAAGUGUUAGAAAACAGAAUAUUUUGUGUCCUUUGUUGCACCACUAUUUUAUACUUAUCAGUAUAUUAUCUCCAUUAUUCAAUUUACUUUUUUUUUUAAAUCAUUAACUUGUAUACACAUUUAGUUUUAUUAUGCUGGUCGUAUAUAUUCAUUCUGUUGAUCUACAAAUUGAUUUUAUGUUAACACAGAACCUAGAUUGUAUUCUUAUCACAGGGACACGGAACCUUAAUUGUAUUCUUAUCACAGGGGUAUGAAGAUAUCAUACAAAAUUUUGAUGAAAGUCCAAUUAAGAUUUGAUUAAGGAACCCAUUGAGACAAAAGAUUAAUUUGGAUGGGAGAUAUGGUGAAUCUUACAAGUUAUUUGGAUAUGAUUUCAUGAAGUCCCUUUUCCUUUCUUCUGUAGUAAUUAAUGACUAGAGCUAGAGUACUGGCUAUAGCUAGAAUACCACUAUAGAUGUAUUUAUUAAUUCAUAGGAUAACUCAUUGUAUUUCAUAUGUACAUUUAAAUCGAAGGGCAUUAAUGCAAAACUACAAAAUAUUGGAUGUGAAAGUCAUGUCUAGUGAUGUUUUUACUGCAUAAUUAUAAGGAAGAGGUGUGGUUCCUCUAAAUUCCUCGUAACAUUCUAAAUUACCUUCUUAGAAGUUGAAAACUUGAAGAAAAAUGAUGUGGUGUCAGUGGUCUGAUAGACCUGUUUUUAUCAUUCAGAAAUCAUUUCCCACCAGCUCCAAUUUUACACCAAGUUUUCAGAGAAAAAUACCAUCGGGUGUUCUAGAAAUCACAACCUGCCCCAUUCGCGUUUACGAUAAGAUAAUAAACCUCACAUCAUUUCAAUGUUUGUAUAUUUUUUUUUUCUCAAAGCAUGCCCAAUGUUUUAAAUAUUCAACAGCAUGUACAUUUAUAGAUAUUGUGAAUUUUUGACCAAAUGAAAGCCAAUUAGCUUUUUGAGCUGUUUAGACGGGAGCCAUGAACACCAGGUUUAAAAUUAAAAUUUUCUGGUUAAGAUCUACAAAUUGUUUUUAUACAAUAAAUUUAAAACUUUAUUAUUUUUAUUUUCACAUAAGAAAUUUUCACCCAUCCAUGCUCAGGUCCAGUCUUUUAAAUAAAGUCAGACCCAUAACUUGUCUACAACCCAGGGACCAUAUGCAAGAAAACUUCAAUUUUAUGGAAUUUAGAUUUCUUGAAUAAGGCCUUUGGACACAAUGAAUCUUUUAUCUGUAACCUGUGUAUUGAAUAGGAAUGAAGGUCAAAGUUCAUGUGUUAUUAUUAUUGGCUAAUGUUUACCUAUUUUUGUUCUGUUAGCAUGCGAUGGCUAUAAUCUGUUUACAACAGCUCUUCUGUUGGUUCCAAUAAUAUACCGUACCACCUUAAUGCUGUAUUGUGGCCAAUAAAAAAAUUAAAAAGUC